AUGGGUUGGGACAAAUUUGUUGUUGAACUGCAUCGUGGAGGAAAGUUCACAUGGACACCAAAAAUUGUUUACAAAGGUGGUACUAAAUCCAUUGAUGAUGCAACCUCCAUUGAUGGUCCAGCCUCCAAUGUUGUUGCUGCCUCUAGUGCUAAUGGUCAAGCCUCCACUGUUGCUGCUUUAACUGCUCUUGCCGCCAAUGUUGCUGCCUCUAGUCCUGAUGGUCAAGCGUCCACUACUGCACCCUCCACUGAUGGUCAAGCCUUAACUGCUGCUGCAGCAUGCACUGUUGGUUGUAGAAGUGGUGCAGUUGGGAGAUGUUCUGGGAGUCGGGCCGUUAACAAGUAUAUCCAACUUGUUCAACCUGCUAGAAAUGUGCAACAAACAAACCUGUAUAUCCAACUUAUUGGAUAG